AUGGCGCAAGUUUUGGCUGGGCGAAAGCCAUUGCUUCGAUCUCCUAGGAAAAGGAAGCAACGGAAAGGCUGGCAGGUUGGGCUAAUGGUGGUCGUUAUUGUCGUGGGAAUAGCAGCAGGGACUAUAUUGCUGGUAUUGAUGAAGGGAUUCGACAAGAACAUUCUGGACUCUUCCUUAUUAUUGGUGGAACAACAGCAAGAAGACUUGAGGAGUAUCCUAAAGGAAUUCAAGACCAUGAGGGACACUACCGUCGAUGCCGUCACGGCUGGCUUGACGAAUAUUGGCAUGGACAAUGACAACGACAAUGACAAUGACGAAGAAGAUGAUACCAAUGACGGAGUGAAAAAACACAAGAAGAACAAGAAAGCGGACUGGGAAAUUGCCUUUGACAAGGUCAUGCAAGAUGCCAAUCGUACUCUGCACAAAGCAAGGGCCAUUCGCAGUUCUGUCACUGCUGCUACCGGUAGUACUACCGGUACUCGUGGCGAUGCAGGAGGUUCCACCACCACCAACAUUUGGGACAACUCCACAAUCCUGCCCGAUUGGCUCAAGGAAUAUUUUGCAUGGCACAAGGAACAGCUCCAAAUUCUACACGACACGUGGAAGCCUAAAUUGAUCUUACAACGCGAUAAUGCAGCCUCGCUCUUAUUGUGGAAUCAGGCAUUGGAUGGGAGCAUCCACGACCACAAACACCGCUUCUUCAUUGUGCGUUGCUUUGCAUUUGAUCGAAGUUGUGGAGGAUUGGCCGAUCGAUUACUGCCACUCCCGUACCUGCUGCAAGUGGCACACAACACUUCCCGCAUCCUAUUCAUUCAAUUUGAAAAACCAGCGCCAUUGACAUCCUACAUGGUUCCACCGCGGGGUGGGUUGGAUUGGAGAAUCCCCUCGUGGCUCUUGCCCGCCCUCAACUUUACCGGUGAAACACGACGAUACAAGGGUGUGACCAAUCUAGAAUGGCAUGCCAGUAAUCCCAAUGAAACCAUUGUCUGUUCCGUGCUACAAACGUGGCACUAUGGAAGUCAACCCUACAAUGAGCACCGCAGGGGCGACACAGAACCCAAAUUCAAAUACGUCGUGAGAGAUGUGUGGAGGACUCUCUUUACACCGACGCUGUCGUUGCAGCAGAAACUCCAACAGCAAUUACGGGACCUGCAACUCCGCGAAGGGCACUACACGGCCGUUCAUUUGCGACUCUUAUACGCCAUGGGAGCCGACGAACGCUCGAGCGAAGACACCAUUCGAUGGACGCGAAACGCCAUCAAUUGUGCUUCUAAUUUAGAUCAUGGACCUCCCUAUUUUGUCGCAUCAGAUUCGCACGAGGCCGGACGCGCCGCUGUGGAAUAUGGAAUGGAACACAGCAUGCCCAAUAACAACAACAAUCAAAGAAUGAUUGUGGCUCGACUUGCUGCUACCAACAACAAUAAUAACACGACACCCUUUCAUUACGAUCGUAUCCCGGUACUCAAGGACGAUCCCGAACAAAAAGCGGCACCCUAUCACGCUUCCGAUUACGAUGAGACAUAUGUCGAUUUGUACCUGCUGGCCAUGGCACAAUGUGUGUCGUAUGGCGUGGGAGGAUAUGGAAAACUGGCAUCCUUCUUGUCCUACAACAGUUCGUGUUCCAAUCUGCAUUUCAAAAAACGAAUGAUGCAAUCCUGUCUUUGGUUGGAUCAUGACGUUCAUGACAACAAUGACAAUCGUGAUGACAACAACAACAAUCUGCCGCUGUCCAUGCCGUCCUUGUUGUCGCCGCCCAUGGACUAG